AUGGCGAGCAUCUCGAUUACGACACACUACGUGUCGCCAGACGACAGCCUGCCGCCGUUGGCGCUGCAGAUUACGCGCCUGGUGGGUUCGUACAUGCUGUGGGUGGGAAUGGCGGAAGGGGGCCCGGAGCGAGUGGAAGAGGCGCCGCUGAAGGGGAACCUGGCGAAAGACUGGGCAUGCGCGAUGCCAAGUGCGGCGGGCGGCGCAGGAGCAGCAACCGCGCUGUUUCGCACCUCUGGAUCUGACGUCGCCCUAUCGAUGGCGCAGCGGCUGGGUAGGGCGGGCCCGCGGGUGCUGCUGGAGGCGGAGAGGGCGAUUGUGACGGAGCUGAAGGCGCUGGAAACGGGUGUAGCGUAG